GCACAAAGAAGACACAUCCCGGAAAUAGUAGCAACAUGGCGGAAUGCAAGAGAAGCGGUAGUGAAAAACACGAUUCGCAUUCAGGCGGCGAAGCUCCCAAAUUAUCGGAUUUAUUUGACCGUGGGUGGAAGAUUCUUGAUGAGGUAGACAACACAAAUGAUCCCCUUGCUUCUAACAGUGUUCAGGUGCGAGUCAAACGUGCCAUAGGUUUGUUCGAAGAAACAUCCCGUAUGGCUUCUCAGCUGGACUUGUUCAGUCUCAAUGAAGAGUUGGACGAGAUUGCCACAGCGGACCUCAAAUAUUUGCUGAGCCCCGCUCUCUUAGGCGCCCUGACCAUGAAGCUGACAGGUCGAGACAAACGAUUGGAAAUUGUCCAAACAGCCCGGGCUUACUUUAUGGAUUUUCUGAAGAGAUGUAAAGACUAUAACAUAUCUCACUUUCAUCUACCGGAGUCCGUGAAUGAAAGCCCAAUUUCGGACGAAGCAGCAAAGAACGCUCCCUCUGCCUGCACACCUAUGCCCAGCACAUUCAACUUGGUUGCCAUGGCCGCACAAAGACAAGCUAAAAUUGAGCGAUACAGUCAGAAGAAGGAGCUGGAGGCCAGACUGUUAGAUGUGCGAAGAUCCGUGGAGAGUGGACAGGCCGACGAUGAAACAAGCAGAGAUUUUUACUUGCUGAAUGUCCGGAAAUGGGUGAUUCUGUGCCUGGAUGAAGUACAGAGCAUAGACCAGGAGAUGGAAAUAUUGAAGAGUAUGGAUCAGAUGCAGCUUGGUGCUGCACAGCCUGCUAAACUGAGCAGGCCUCCGAUGAGACCAUUUAUUCUCACAAAGGAUGCUAUGCAGGCUCAGGUGUUUGGAGCUGGCUACCCCAGCCUUCCCACCAUGACAGUGGAUGACUGGUAUGAUCAGCACAAGAAACACGGAGUGCUGCCUGAUCAGGGAGUUCCCAGAAGGGGUGUGGCGGAGGACGACACUGAUGCAAAGGAGCGUGAAGAAGAAGAAAAAGAGAAACAGACAGAAAAUGAUGAUGAUGAGUCUCUGAUGAAAGCCAGGAAGUGGGAUGAGUGGAAAGACGAUCAUCGCAGAGGUUAUGGCAACCGCCAAAACAUGGGCUAACUGGUCCCAACACCAAUUACCUAAACAUGCCUUGUUCUGUGGACAUGCUUCAGAAACUUCCAGAAAAAAAACUUUUGCUAUUUAUCGAUCACCAAAACAUAUUGUGCACCUUGUUUCUUUAAUUUGAUAAUUCAUAGAUGUGACGCUGAUUUACUCAUGUUGUAAUUUCUGUUUUUACUCUGAUUUAAAUUACUUAUGUUAAAUUUUUGGUAUGUCCUUAACUUUUUUUCAUUUUUUUUUUAUCAGGUGGCAUCCAGCUUAAAUGCAUUUAUUAGUACUGCUACAAAAACCAACCACUUCAGUGAAAUGCAGAAAUUCAGCUGUUACAUAACAUUUUCUCACAACAUUAAGAUUAUGUGGGUGAAAACUCCAGAAUACUUCCAAGUGCCUCACUUGGCAAUUUGAAUUAUGUUAGAAGAAUCUGUCAAACAUUUAUAAAAAUGCUUUUUUUUUUUAUGUGUCAUUCACUGUAUCUUUGGCUUCAGAGAAAAUACAGUAUGUCCAACUUUGUAAAAUGCAAUGAAAUGAGCAGAAAGUCAAGUCAGUGUAUCAUGUACCCGAAUUGCUUCACAGCUCUUGUGUGCAACACUACUGUCGUCAGACAUGCGCAAAAAAUGUGAUCUUGUUAAGUGAAGUCAUAUGAAAGAUUAACACAUUACAUCAGUCUAUUUAACGAUCCAAUUUGACAAUAAAUGUUCAAAGAAAUAAUGUAACAACUUGUUAAUGGUGUAUGAAUAACACCAAAUAUUCUAUAUGUUCAGAAGUGAAGGCAACUUAAGUAAAAUUUGAAUUCCAAUAAGUUGGCCUUCUGUCACACAAAAAUCAACUCAUGGUAGUGCAUGUCAGUGACCACUGUAGGUAAUUGUGAAAAUGUGGCUCAAGCAUUUUAUCUUGACAAAUAGCUAUGAAGCUGACAGAGUACAGCCUGUGGAAUAUACCUUUCAUGCAAGCGCAGUAUGAAAUGCAUACCAACCCAACAAUCAUUAGUGUACCAGGUUGUGUACAGAUGUUUGUAUUAAUGGGCAAGCAAAUUACCAAUAGGCCUCUCGCAGCUUAAGCAGGCAUUUUAUAUUGCCGCUGUUAUUGAACCCCCCCCUGAAAAAUUGUCAUAAAUGCGUGUUUUAGGCUAUAAUCCUUUAUUGUGUAAUAAAGCCUAUCAAAGAACAAA